ACUUCUCUGAAGCCAGUUCCGUAACGGCUGGACGUGUCUAACGCAGCACGUGUUCGAGGAGUGUGCGCGCGCCUACGGGCAAUUGAGAGCUCGACCGGCGGAGUAAUUUUUCCCCUUCCACCGGCUUCGAUCAGCUAGCGUGGACGUCCACAGAAAGUGUUCCAAACUGAACGGUACUUCGCUGCGGAGGUUCUCGAAGGUUCCAUUCAUUGUCAAAGGUUCCAUUCACCGAGUCAAGAUGAGAACUUCGUGGGUCCUGUUCGCGGUCCUCUUGUUCGCGCUUCACUACGUGUGGUCUCGGCUGCCAUUUGUGCCCGUGCUUGCCCAGUGGUUGGGCACUGCGCUGAUUUUGCUGUGUGCCGCGCACUGCCUGGCUCGUUUCCUCUGGCGUCAGCUGUUCGUCAAGCUCGUUGACGGCGAUGGCAAGGCUGUUCUUAUCACCGGUUGCGACACGGGGUUCGGCAACAUGCUUGCCCGGAAUCUUUCGCAGCAGGGUUUCCUGGUUUUCGCCGGCUGCCUCGACUCCAACAGCGAAGGGGCCAUGGUGCUCAAGAAGUGUCGAAACGUCCGAGUUCUGCAGCUGGACGUCACCAAGGACAGCCAAGUAGACGAGGCCCUUGAAGCGGUCAAGCGUGACCUUGGAUCGAGAGUUCUCUGGGCCGUGGUAGCCAACGCUGGCAUCCCUAACAGCGGCCUUAUUGAAUGGAUGACCAUGGAGAGCAUCGUCCGAGUGUUUGAUGUGAACGUUUUCGGAGUCGUUCGCGUCGCCAAAAAGUUCCUGCCACUGUUGAAGAGAAGCAAAGGACGAGUGGUCAUCGUCACUAGUGUAUACGCAUCGUAUACGUUCCCACUGGCAACUGCGUACUGCAUGAGCAAAUACGCAUCCCUGUCGCUUGUCGAUGGUCUCAGAAGAGAGAUGUACGGCAAAGGAGUCGACGUCAUUGCCAUCGAGCCAACCUUGUUCAAGACUGCCAUCAACGACAACGUCGGUUCCCUCCAGGCCAUCCAGCGAGACUUGAAAAAGCAGGCGCCCGAAGUCGUAGCCGACUACACUGAGGCUGAAGUGAUGAACUGGCUGAAGUCAGCGUCGACCUACUACUCGUACUCCAUGCGUGAGAACCCGCAGGAGGUCGUGGAUCAGAUGAUCUCGGCCGUCAGAGAGACGGACCCGAAGACCUGCUACCCGGCCACUGGUCCCCUCGAGUACGCGUCGCUGUGCCUUCUUAGGAUAUUACCCGAUGAAGCGGUAGAUUACCUGAUCCUCGGUAUUCGUAAACUCAUCAUCUUGCUUUGUUGAGCCUAAAUUUUGUUUUUCCAUACGUGAUGACCCGGCUGCGGUGCCCACAGUCGUUAUGGUAAUCGGUACGGUAUACAGUCCUGUGCAAGAGAAGGUGCGUGGCUGUGGGCUUAAAGACGAAAGCUUUAGAAGUGCCUCAUCAAACUUGAAAAUUGAGCAGCGUCCACGUCGGCGACGUAAAAAGCAGUGAUAAGACAUCAUCGUAGGACGAUGUCACCAUAUCAGGUCGUCAUGAAGUAUCCGAUAGCCAAAAUUCGUUACGUCAUCUGACUUCAUAUAAUGUGACGUCACUUGGUGAUGCGAUCGCAUUACAUAACUGCUUGGUCAAAAGUGGGUACAGUGCCGGAGGUAGUGCAUAACAAAUUCAGGCGUAGAAAGCUUAGUAAUUUGUGCUACCUUGCAGGCAGCGAAAAUAUUCUGGUAAGUGCAGAAAGCUUUAGGAUGGUCGCGCGGGAAGUUCAAUACCUUAACCUGCAUUUGAAAAGACAAAAAAAAACAAGAAAUCAAGAAGGCCUUCGCCAUUGCGUGGAGUGACGAAGAUGCACAAAAGACACUGUGGGGAUUCUUUUACGACUACAACAGAUGUGGUGCUCCACGUCACUACGACACUCUACGAUACACUGCAGUGCAGAAGGUCUCGUGUGAGUUUUCUGGCCACUGAGCCGCACAUGGUAGUUAUUAAAGUGAUAACGCUUAUGUACAAAGAGAAGUACACAGGUACGGAGCACUUCUACUUACACAUUGUAACAAGAGAUCGAAUAUGCUGAUUUCACUCUUCGUGAAUGUUGGACAAUUUUCGUUACUGAUAAUUGUCAUUUAUUUAUUAUUAAACUCUUAUGCAAGUUUUUGUAUGUUAUUCUGUUUUAUUUUAUUGUUUGUAGUCAAGAGUCACAUAUGCGCUUUCUAUUUUGACAUUUCCGCCUUUUUCUGCGUGAAGUUUUGUUAUCUUCCUGGUGAAGGGGCUAGUCAGCUGUUAUGUGGAGUUCUUUUUUUUUUCGCUUCACAGAAAACAACGUAUAUAUCGUAAUAAUAUGUACCGGUCAAGUGGUUGAAUAAAUUAUUAUAUAACAACACUUUGAAUAAUAAAACAGCUGCGAGUGUUAUUCGAUCCAGUA